GAAGCUGGAAUGCGAGAAGCUGGUGAGUGAGAAGACCGAGAUGCAGAGACAUUAUGUCAUGUAUUAUGAAAUGUCCUACGGGCUGAACAUUGAAAUGCACAAGCAGGCAGAGAUUGUCAAGAGACUGAGUGCCAUCUGCGCCCAGAUUAUACCCUUCCUGACGCAGGAGCACCAGCAGCAGGUCCUGCAGGCGGUGGAGCGGGCCAAGCAGGUGACCAUGGGGGAGCUCAACAGCAUCGUUGGGCAGCAGCUUCAGCACCUCUCCCACCACGCACCCCCCAUCCCGCUGACCCCCCAUCCCUCCAGCAUGCAGCCAUCUAGCCUGACGGGGGUCAGCAGCACCUCUGGGCUCCUGGCCCUCUCGGGGGCACUCAUGGCACAGUCGCAGCUCGCUGCCAAGGAGGACAGAGUGGUCCAGGAUGGGGAGAACAGAGGUAAGGGGACGAAAUGCAGCUGGAUUAACGCUUUGAAGGCUGGCUGGCUGGAUCAGGGGAAAACACCUUGUUGUUGCAAGCCCCUGCACACCCCAAGCCGGAGCGUUUCUGCUUCCCCUCCUGAGAGCCUGCAGGACGAGGAGCGGACGGGCAGCACAGGGCUGAAGCGGAAACGGGAAGAAAAGGACCUUCCUGGGCAUUAUGACAGCGAUGGGGACAAGAGUGACUACAACCUUGUGGUGGAUGAGGUGAGCCCAGACUGUUUUAGGAAACUUAAGCCUUGCAAGAUAUCAAGCUCAAGCUGCAGUCAGCAGCUCCGGGGCCGCUGCCGGACGGGCUCGCGGCACCGGCCCACCCUUGCCUUCCAGAGCGACCUCUCAGCCAGCGCUCCUGCCUCCAAGUCGGCCGGUUCCUCCUCUCCCCGGGACACGCUCACGCCCGGCCCCGGGCCCAGCUCAGCCUCCCAUCUCCGGCCACCUCCUGCCAAGCCACCUGCCACAGACACCAUCACUCUCCGCAGCCCGCUGAGCGUGUCCAGCCCCUACACGUCCUCCUUCGGGAUGGUGCCUCAUGCCACCCUCAACGGCGAGCUCACGGCCCCCAGCAUGUAUAUGGGCAUCCACCUCUCCCCACAAGUCAGCAGCACUGUGAUGUACGGCCGGUCCCCGAUGGUGGCCUUCGAGUCUCACCCUCACCUGAGGGCUUCCUCACUCUCUUCUUCACUCUCCACCAUCCCUGGAGGGAAACCCGCCUACUCCUUCCACGUCAGCGCCGACGGGCAGAUGCAGCCGGUGCCCUUCCCGCCCGACGCCCUCAUCGGCUCCCGCAUACCCCGCCACGCGCCGCAGCUCCAGCUGGACUGCUUGAACCGGGACAACUACAUCCGCUCCUGCAAGCUGCUCCCCGACGGCCGGAGCCUCAUCGUGGGAGGGGAGGCCAGCACCCUGUCCAUCUGGGACCUGGCUGCCCCCACGCCCCGCAUCAAGGCCGAGCUCACCUCCUCCGCGCCCGCCUGCUACGCCCUGGCCAUCAGCCCCGACGCCAAGGUCUGCUUCUCCUGCUGCAGCGACGGCAACAUCGUGGUGUGGGACCUGCAGAACCAGACCAUGGUGAGGCAGUUUCAAGGCCACACGGAUGGUGCAAGCUGCAUUGAUAUUUCUAACUAUGGCACCAAGCUGUGGACAGGGGGUCUGGACAACACGGUGCGUUGCUGGGACCUGCGGGAAGGGCGUCAGCUGCAGCAGCAUGACUUCAGCUCCCAGAUCUUCUCCCUGGGGUACUGCCCCACGGGUGAGUGGCUCGCCGUCGGCAUGGAGAGCAGCAACGUGGAGAUCCUGCAUGUGACCAAACCUGAGAAAUACCAGCUGCACCUCCAUGAGAGCUGUGUCCUGUCCCUCAAGUUCGCCUCCUGUGGGAAGUGGUUUGUGAGCACGGGGAAGGACAACCUGUUGAAUGCCUGGCGGACACCCUAUGGAGCCAGCAUCUUCCAGUCCAAAGAGUCUUCAUCUGUGCUGAGCUGCGACAUCUCCAUCAACGACAAGUUUAUCGUUACGGGCUCAGGUGACAAGAAGGCCACUGUGUACGAAGUGGUGUACUGAGGACCCUGACUGUCACCAUCCCUCGUCCAUCAGGGAAGGAGCCAGGUUUUGCUAAAGCCACCUAGGACUGGCAGAACUGCUCCCACUGCUGGCAGAGGCCUCCCAGUUCAGUGCAGGGCAGAAGCCAGUGGCACGGCUCACCUGCAGGCCUGCUCUGGCAGCAGCUGCUCUUUCUCUCCUUCCAGCAGGCAAGAAGCCCCAGGGUCCCUACACAUCUUGCUACCCCUUCCCACAUUUCUGCCUUAGAGCAGAGGCGGGAGGCAGCGCCUGGGGUUAUGGAUCCUGGCGAUCAUUGUGGCAGGUACCCCCC